AUGGCGGAGCGAGAGAAAGGAGCCGCAUCCCCGCCCGCCUCCUCCCCCUUCCUGGGGCUGCACCUCGCCUCGCCCCCCAAUUUCAGCCGGCUGCGCCUCCCCGCCUCCGUCUCUGGUUCGUGGGGGGGUGCGCUGGCCCCGCUGCGUGGUCAAGCCGUCCGCUUCUUCCCUCUGAACGUGGGCAAACGUUUGGGCUGCAGAUUUUUGCUCCAGUCUCUGGAAGAUCUGGACAACAGUUUAAGGAAACUCAACUCUCGGCUGUUUGUGGUGCGAGGACAGCCAACAGAUGUCUUCCCAAGACUUUUUAAAGAAUGGGGAGUCACUCGUCUCACCUUUGAAUAUGACUCUGAACCUUUUGGCAAGGAGAGAGAUGCAGCAAUUAUCAAACUGGCCAAGGAAGCUGGUGUGGAGGUGGUCGUUGAGAACUCCCACACGCUCUACGACCUGGACAGGUAAGGGCAAAGUGCUGCCUCA